AUGUCGCCCGAUGAUGUGGUCCUGCCAACACCAGCUGCCCAUUCGUUACCCGCAGAGAUGGUAGAAAUGGUCUUUUCGCCGACUCUUUCAUACAUUGCUGCAUCAACCUUCAGGCAUUCAUCAUCCCUUUCCACCAUAACCCCGACUUCUCCGAUGAAUUUGACGUCUAGCGGCGAGUCGAGACCAGGCGCGGAGAAUGGGGAGUGUGCACUGCUAGGCCCCUUUGCUCUCUUCAUACAAGGCGCUCUUGGAGUUUUGGCACUGCUAGUACUGGUCUUUAAGCGAUGGCGGGAAAGGCCUCAGCGACCGAUAAAAAUCUGGGCUUUUGACGCGUCGAAGCAAGUCGUGGGCUCAGCAUUGCUGCACAUUGCCAACCUACUAAUGUCGAUGUUGUCUUCCGGGCAGCUGACUAUAAAAGCUGGCGACUAUCAGGCCAACCCUUGCUCUUUCUACUUGCUGAACUUGGCUAUCGACACUACUGUCGGCAUACCAAUCCUCGUUGUACUUCUACGACUGUUGACGCACGGUUUCUCUCUCACCCCUCUGGGCAAUCCGCCCGAGUCAAUACAGUCUGGGAAUUACGGUCGUCCGCCAAAAACGCAAUGGUGGCUCAAACAAUCCUUCAUCUACUUCCUCGGCCUGCUAGGAAUGAAAGCCUGUGUCUUCUUCAUCUUCCAGAUAUGCCCGUGGAUAAUACGAGUCGGUGACUGGGCUCUACGGUGGACGGAAGGCAACGAGAUGGUGCAAGUCUUCUUCGUCAUGCUAUUCUUCCCCGUUGUGAUGAAUGCGCUACAAUACUAUAUCAUUGAUAGCUUCAUCAAGGACCAGAAGCCAUCGGACCAUGACCCUAUUCCUCACGAAGACGGAGAUGAAGACAGCAUUGAGGAACAUGGUCGGACCAGACGGCGGCGUUCUCACGGUGAAGACUAUGACGGCGCACGUAGUAUCGUUGCUGGGAACGAGACUACUAAAGAUGGUGCGGAAAUCACGGUCGCUGAAGGCAAGGACAAGCCAAAGCUCAAAAUGGAGCCCAGAAAACUGGACGAAUAUGAUCCCGCAGUUGAUGGAGAGGGGAGUGGAAGUGGCGGCGACCUCGAGAAUCCCCCUGAUCCGUCAAAAGAAGGAAAAGCAAAGAUGCAACAGGGUCAUGCAAAAGAUUCGUAG